UUCUAUCAAUUCCUUUCCUUCCAUAGGUGCACCUAUGCAAUAUAAUUUCUAUACCUGUGGACUUUAGAAGAAACUAGAAAGAAAUUAGAAGAACAGAAACAUUGGUCUCCUAAAAUCACCUCUAUAGACUUUGAAAAUGAACAUUCAACAUCUUGUGUUGCUUCUAUGUCUGCUGAUACUUUCCCCGGACGCCUGUUUAUGCCAGAGGGACUGUACAGGUGUAGAUUGUCCUGUUUUGCAGAGCUGCAUCGAAGAGGUCCUGCAGCAGGGUUCCUGCUGUGCCACCUGUGUGAAAACAGGAUGUGCAUGUGAAGGUUACCAGUACUAUGACUGUGUCCAUGCAGGCUUCCGCAAGGGGAAAGUUCCAGAAGGAGAAUCUUACUUUGUGGAUUUUGGAAGCACGGAAUGCUCUUGUCCCCAGGGUGGCGGGAGGAUCAGCUGUCGCUUCAUCCCAUGUCCUGAUAUCCCGCCCAACUGCAUUAGCGUCUCGCAACCCGCGGAUGGCUGUCAGCAGUGUGAGCGCACCGGCUGUGUCCAUGGAAACAGGAAGUAUGAAGCAGGCCACUCGUUCCAGAUGCACCCAUGUCAGGUGUGUCACUGUCCCAAUGACGGUGGGAGACUGAUGUGUUCUCCUAUCCCUGACUGUGACCCCAGGAGUGUGACAAAGCCUGAGUUGGCCACCACCACUGAGAACAGCAGUCCUCUGAAAGAUAGCAGCAGCCCCUAUGUCAACAGACAGGCCAACCCUCUAGACCCACUCUCAAGACUGCACAAGUUACCUGGCAACACCUUACCUCUGUACAAGGAGGACCCACCCAGUCUUGGUAAAAAGGUGGAUUAUGACUACUCACCGGUUAUAGCUACAUCCACUAACCCACCACCCCUUGUCCAACCACUGGAAUCGACCAGCGUGCCAGACCCCUAUCCUCAGUCCAGCUCUCCAAACAUCUCUGAUAAGGACCUGAGGCAAGAGCUGAGAGAGAGACUGGGGACACAUGAUCAGGACAGGAUGGAUCCCAGGACUGAGAGCCUCCAGAACAUGAACCAGACCCCCUCGAGAACGGCAACACCAACAAGGGGACAGGAAGGGGCCCCAGAGAUCUACAGGCAUCAACCGGAACUUGGUGUCAGGGACAGCAGAGACCGAGAGACACAGCACACGCUGAAGGAAGUAAAGCAUGCCGUCGGCUCCGACACGGAGGCGGGACACACAGCACAUCCCAAACACAGAGAGGGUCCUCGCAGCCAGGAUGGAGGCCACGCAUCCCAGGGCCACAGGAGGCAUGAGAAGGUCUCCGUGGAAUCCAGCCGGCCCCAGGAGAAGCAGGAGCAGCCAGCCUCCAUACCCACGGUGCAGUUCAGGCCCACCAGCAGAGCUCCAGUGAAGCUGCAGGAGGAGGGAGAGCAGCAGCCCGGGAGGCAGGCCCAGACCCUCUCGAACUACCAGCCCCCAGAACGGGAGGGAGACAGCGAGGCGGUGUCUGCCAAGGAGCUGGUGGAGAUCUGCUGUGAGACUGGAGAGAAGUGGGCCUCAGCCAACGGCCACUGCAACAUCACAGAGCUUCCCAGAGCAGACAAACACUCCAUCUGUCGGACUGCCCAGAGACAGUGCUGUCUGGGCUCUCUGAAGGAAAGCCGGUGUUUUGCGGGGCUGAAUGCAGCCAGAGAAGGAGUCGUGUGUGACGAGGGCGCCAGUGACCAGUGUGGAGCAGACUCUUACAAGGAGUGCUGCAGCUGCUGCUCUCUGGGGUUACGUUUCCGCAGCGAGGGCCACCGGUGUGAGGCCCACCAGUACCUGGGCUACCCCUGCAGCCACGUCUUCCUCACCUGCUGUGAGGGCGAGGACGGGGCCCGGCAGGAACAGGACGGGUUGCCCCUGGUCAGAGAGAUGCCCACCCUGGACCCCACUGCCCUGCCAGUGAGAGUGUCCGACAGCCCGUUCCCUAAGGAGGCCUUCUCCAUCGGAGAGGAGGGGCAGGAGAACACAGCGGAGGGCCCUCCAGAGGUGGAGGAUGUGGAUGAGUGCCAGGUGUACCAGGGCACCCUGUGCCACCAGGGCUGUGUGAACACAGCAGGCUCCUACAGGUGUACCUGCUACCCUGGCUACGUGCUGCAGAUGGACGGCAGCAGAUGUGUGCAAGACAUGGUAGAUGAAGAGAACAGACUGAGAGAGGAUGACAAACCAGCAGUGGGGUCCACAUCCCCACUCUCCACCACCCAGCCACCUGUCCAGCUGAACCCCUGUGAAGGAAAUGGCCCCUGUAUGCAACAGUGCACCCCAGUGGCCGGAAGGCCUCAAUGCUCCUGUUUCCCUGGAUUUUCUCUGACGGCUGAUGGUCAGUCAUGUCAAGACAUAAAUGAGUGUCUGUCCCUGCAUGCCUGCCAGCUGAAUGAGAGGUGUAUGAACACGGCUGGGAGUUUUGUGUGUCAGAGGCAGAUCACCUGUCCGCUGGGUUUCCAGAUCAACAACGACAUGUGUGAAGAUAUUGACGAGUGUGCUGAGAGGACCCAGACCUGUGGCCCUAGCUUUGAGUGUGUAAACACGGAGGGCUCGUUCCGGUGCAACCCCAGACCCCGCUGCCCCGCAGGCUUCUCCAGGGCACGAACGGGUUGCAUGGACAUCGAUGAGUGUGUGAGCCUUGGCCGGCCCUGUACCAGGUUCAACUGUCUCAACACAGUGGGAUCCUACAGCUGUCAGCGCAAGAUCAUCAUGUGUAGCCGUGGUUACCACGCCAGCCCAGACGGAUCCAGAUGCAUUGAUGUGGAUGAGUGUCAGAGCUCCCUGCACCAGUGUGGAGAGGGGCAGCUGUGCCACAACCUGCCCGGAUCCUACCGCUGUGACUGCCAGGCUGGCUACCAGUACGACAUGUUCAGGAAGACGUGCGUGGAUGUGAAUGAGUGUUGGCGCUACCCUGGCCGCCUCUGUGCCCAGACCUGUGAGAACACACCAGGCUCCUAUCAGUGUUCCUGCACAGUUGGCUUCCGCUUAUCCACUGAUGGCAAGAACUGUGAAGAUGUAAAUGAAUGCCUCACCAACCCAUGUAGCCAGGAGUGCGCCAACAUCUAUGGGUCCUACCAGUGCUACUGCCGACAGGGCUAUCACCUGAGGGAGGAUGGACACUCUUGUGAAGACAUGGAUGAGUGUUCCCAGAGCAUGGGCCACCUGUGCACGUACAAGUGUGUUAACGUGCCAGGCAGCUACCAGUGUGCCUGUCCUGAGUACGGCUACACCAUGUCCCCUAACGGACACUCCUGCAGAGAUGUAGAUGAGUGCACGAUGGGCAACCAUAACUGCUCCCUGGCAGAGACCUGCUACAACAUCCAGGGAGGCUUCCGCUGCCUGUCCUUCGACUGUCCUCAGAACUACCGCCGGGUCUCCGACACGCGCUGUGAGAGGAUGAACUGUCCCAACCACCUGGACUGUCAGAACUCCCCUCUGAGGAUCACCUACUACCACCUGAGCUUCCAGUCCAACAUCCUCAUCCCCGCCCAGAUCUUCCGCAUAGGCCCCUCCCCCGCCUACUCGGGAGACAACGUCAUCAUCAGCAUCACCCAGGGCAACGAGGAGAACUACUUUAGCACGCGGAAGCUGAACGCCUACACCGGAGCGGUGUACCUGCACCAGCAGGUGCGUGAGCCUCAGGACUUCCUGGUCGAUGUGGAGAUGAAGCUGUGGAGACAAGGCACCUUCACCACCUUCCUGGCCCGCAUCUACGUCUUCAUCACUGCUAACUCCCUUUAACGCUCAGGACUGGGCCACAUGGACCUAACUCAGAGCCUUAGGACAACACUUUGACUGAUGAAACCAAGAUGGAACCUGUUGUUAUCUAUGUCGUUUUAUGCUAUUCCAGCUGCAACUCUCUUUUAUCUGAGAUUCUGACAUGAUUCAUGUUUGGGUAAUUUUUGUCCACUUUAUAAUGUUGUGGAAGUGCUGUCUCCACCCACUAGAAUAAACAUAUUAUUACCGAUCAGUUCUGUUUAACUGGAACAUGCAGUCAUCUAUAGGAACUAUGCAAGAUGACAUCUUCUUCAGCCUAGCGUUCUGUGUGUGGCUGGUCUCGAUA